AUGGACCUAAUACUCGUCUCUGUCGUUCUCGCUUCGGUGUUGGCUCUGGUGUACGCUUCUUGGACCUCGAAACGAAGAGGAAUGCCUCCUGGACCGGCCCAGCGAAUCUUCGGCUCCAGAAAGCCCUCCACGGUACCACCAUGGAAGAUAUUUGCUGCAUUGCACAAGCAAUAUGGGAAGAUUUUUUCCUUUUAUCAGGGAAGCACACCUGUCGUCGUGCUGGGGACCAUCAAGGCCGCAACAGAUCUUCUAGACAAGAGAGGGAGUAUCUACUCGAGUAGGCCGAGGAAUAUUAUGGCUGGUGAACUACUCUCUGGAGGGAUGAGAGGUCUAGGUAUGCCCUACGGGACGAGGUGGAGGAAUUGGAGAGCGCUCAUGCAUGCCGGUAUGAGCGUCGAAGCAUCGCAGAACUACAAAAUCCUCCAGUCACUCGAAUCGAAAAUACUUCUUCGUGACCUCCUCUCCGCCAGUGAUUCAGUCGAGUACUCGGCACACCUUCGUCGCUUCGCAAUCUCCGUCGUAUUUUGUGUUGCUUAUGGACGCAGGGUUCUGUCUCUUGACGAUCCUCUUGUCGUCGAGAACAUGAAGACGGACGAAUGUUAUAUACGGAUGAGCACGCCAGGGAGAUACAUUGUCGAAUCUUGGCCCAUCUUGCUCAAGCUCCCUCACUUCCUCCAAUGGUUCCGUGCCGAGCCCUUGGCCCAACGCGCCCGAGACACCGCUCUGUACACCAGGCUCAUGGAGGGAGUCCGUGAGCAGAUGAAAGUGGGCGUUGCCCAAUCGUCAACUGCGAGAUGGGGCCUAGAGAAGCAAGCAGAGUGGGGAUUGAAUGACUUGGAAAUGGCAUUUGCGUUGUCUGCGCCCUUCUCCGCUGGCGUUGGCACGACGCUUGCUACCUUCGACGUCUUUCUUCUUGCGAUGUUAUGUCACCCCGAAGUCAUGAAGAAAGCUCAAGCAGAACUCGACGGCAUUGUAGGUCCGCAUCGUCUACCAGACUUUGAAGACGCCGAAUCGCUGCCAUACCUCAGAGCCGCGAUAAAGGAGUCCAUGAGAUGGCGACCCGUUGCCCCUCUGGGUGUUCCUCAUAGUGUUAUCGCAGAAGACAUGUAUGAGAGCAUGUAUGUACCGAAAGGCACGACGGUCUAUGCAAAUAUAAUAGCAAUGAGCAAGGAUGAAGAGGUCUUUUCUUCACCUGAAGAAUUCCGCCCUGAGCGAUACCUCGACGAAAUGAAAUCCGACUCCAAGGUUCUCCCUCCCCAAUCGACUUUUUUCUUUGGCUUCGGGCGACGCGUCUGCCCUGGUAUGCACGUUGGACAGAACUCGCUGUUCAUUCUCGCUGCUAGGCUGUUAUGGGCUUUUGAUAUCAAUCGAUCCGGCGAUGCGACUGGCGAGAGCGUUCUCCCAGAUAAAGAUGACUUCAUAGGAGGGCUUGUCAUUCGGCCGCGUCCGUUCGCUUACUCGUUAGACCUGCGAAGUGAGGAUCGGCGGUCUUUGAUCCUGGAGGAGUCCAGGAAGGCCUUGGACGAGGCGUCGAUGUGGGGAUAA